AUGAAUAAAUCCAAUAAACGUAGAGUAUAUGUUGGUAAUUUGUCGUGGAAGGUUAAAUGGCAGGACUUGAAGGAUCACAUGAAGCAAGUCGGGGACGUUGUUAGGGCCGACAUUAUAGAGGACCGCGACGGGAAAUCGAAGGGGUGUGGAAUUGUAGAAUUCGCGAAUGAGGAGUCCGCAGUGAGGGCCAUUUCGGAGUUGAACGACACCUCAAUUCUUGAUCGUCAAAUUUUUGUAAGGGAGGAUAGGGAAAACUACACACCGUUCAGAGGGUACAACCGUUACCAACGCGGGUAUUCUGAUUCCCCAAAGAGCAACACUGUUAUGGUCACAAAUUUGCAGUGGAAAACCACGUGGAAGGAGUUGAAGGACCUGUUUAAGAACUGCGGAAUCGUGUUGAGGGCAGAUGUUCUAAGUUACGAGGACGGCAGGUCUAGGGGGAUUGGAAAGGUCAUCUUCGCCAAUGAGUACAGUGCGAAGAAGGCCAUUAACAUGUACAACGACUAUUCUCUUGGAGGAAGAAAAAUUGGUGUUAGACUAGAAAAUUAA